AUGGAGUAUCACGCUGUUCCUCUGGAGGAACGCGCAAGAGAUGAGAAAGGAAAUGUCCUGCCAUGGGGUUAUGUUUACAAAGAUGAAUCACGAAAUCCACGACGGCCCCCAGAAGAGAGCGGCCCUUUUGGGAAAAGAAGGAAUGCGCGUUAUAACUCUACUCGAUCUGGAACUCGAACGGGAACUCCCGCCAGAAAAGAAAACCCAAACGUAGCGGAAUUCAGCAAGCUUUUCGCGCAGCAACAAGAGCAAGAACAGAGCCAAUUAAAGCACCCACCCCCGUCUAUAGCCAAUCAUUCUAGUGAUUCACCUCGAAAGCCAGUUGAAAAAGUUGCUACGGAGUGCAUCCUUUAUGGCUACAAGAACAAAGAAUCUGAAUGGAAAGUCAUUGACAAGUUCGAGCGAAUAUCACAAGGCAUGAUAUGCGAGGAUUAUUCCAGAAACGAUCCCGAUUUGGCACAAAAAUAUCCACAGCUGUUGAGCGGUCGUGACGUUGUUAUCCACCCAAAUUUAUCUGCCGAUGCCAACAAGAAAGCGAAACGAUAUGCUGGAGGAUAUCACUGGAUAAAAGUCACAUUUGACUCCGCUGUCGCUGCUGAUCGUGCCUGCUUCUUCUCCCCGCAAGAAAUAGAUGGCUUCAUGGUGUUUUGUGAACUAUACCAUGGUCAGGGCCCACAAAAUGAUGCUCCGAUUCCUAAAGAGUCUGUCGAGUCAGUUCGGCCGCGAUUGAAGUCACAUACUUUAGCUUCCUCUCAAUCCAGCAUAUUCGUUCAACAACGCUAUGAUCUUGACCGAUCGACUCUCCCUCGCUCUUUCACUGCAAAUACAAUAUCGACGGAUGGAACUAUAGAUGACUCUGCUACUUCUCAAACACCAACCGUAACCGCCAGCUCUGCCACAGCCACGGAUCAAGGAUCAACCAGCACCCUGCGCCAACGACAAACAUUACCUCAGCUCCAAUCCCAACCUGAACCUCAUCAAAAACCGGAAUCUGACUUUAUGACCCACAUUCCCACAGUCCGUCGUGCUGUUUUGCGACCAAUUUCUGAAGCACUUCCUCCCCAACCAUCUGUUGUUGAACGAAUCCUUCGGUCUAUCCCAAUAUUGAGCUGGUUUACUGGGGACAUCGUCGGUGAUGGACCUGUCCUUCGCGAGGACGGAUCGCUCGAUUAUGACAAGUCAAAUGCUUACUGGCGCUUCUGGUACAUGGUCGAUAAGCUUCUUGGAACCGACUUGUGCGGUCUCAAGGAUGAGUCCUGA